AAGUUCAGUGUCUCGUCGAGAGUGGUCGCGGUACGACCGAGCUCGCGACAACCCCGAGAACUGUGCAGCCUGUGAUAGCGAACAGUGAAGUUCAUCAACUGGGUGUAAAUUGUUUGAACUUUAACGUGAAGCUCCACACUCUAAGUUCGUUUUGCAAAUCGCUGUUUAUUAAGGUCGCACCGGACGCCAGGGCGGGUAGCUGAGUACUGAGUAGCCGUCAGAUAACAUAAUUGAGGGCGGCCACAAUGCGGAUCUUUAUUAGUAUGGUAGUAUUAAUAUGCGCCGUGCAGGCUGCAAAAAAAUUCGAGGGCACUCUAAGAUCAGCGGUGGAUGCUCCGCCGCAAGAUAAUCUGGCCGUCGAGUCCGAGUCUCUCCAGCCCUCUGUAGUAGAUGCUCCGGAAGACUAUAAGAAUCCAGGUGCGCCUCCUCCUGAAACACCUGAAGAUGAAAACGAAGAACCUCAAACACCCGAGGAACCUCAAGAGGAGGAAUCGCAAGACUCUCAAAAGCCUGCAACAGUACCGGAAACUUCUGCUGCUGCUGUUGCCCCUUCAGCACCAAGUGGCAUCUCUGCGCCGUCUGCCCCCGCGAACUCACUUGAAGAAUGCGACUCAGAAAUGAUAGGAUUCGAACUUGUUACUGGGUAUGUGUUCUCAGCGCCUUCGCAUAUUCUAGACGACAUCCCCGGAACUUUAAUGUUAACUGAUUGUUUAGAACAAUGUCAGGCGAAUGACACGUGUCGCGCUGUCAACUAUGAAACCGGCUUAUGUGUGCUUUUUAGCUCCGAUGCUGACCAACUACCUGGUGCUUUGACGAAGUCACAAUUUCCUGUGUUCACAAUUUACGCACAGAAAUCAUGUUUGGGUGUGAAACCAUGCGAGAGAGCUUGGUGCUUCGAUCGUGUUCGCGGGUAUCACCUCAAAGGAAAAGGCAAAAAAACGCACACUGUUAGCUCCAGACAAAUGUGCCUAGACUUAUGUUUGGGCGAAAAUGAAUUUGUUUGCCGAUCAGCGAACUAUAAUAAUAAAACCGGAGAAUGCGUUCUAUCAAAUAUGGAUCGUAUUACCUUGGGUGGCACCAGCUUUUUCCAACCGAAUGAAGAUACCGACUACUUGGAAAACAACUGCGUUGAAGAGCCCACGAAGUUAUGCGAAUUUAAGAAAAUGGGUGGACGAAUUCUCAAAACAGUCGAUUCCGUAUACCAAGAUGUACAAACAGUCGAAGAAUGUCGCGAGCUCUGCUUGAACUCUCCGUUCCGAUGCCACUCUUAUGAUCACGGCGAUACUGGCGAUCACGUUUGUCGAUUAUCUCAUCAUUCCAAAGCUACGCUUGCUGAUAUACAGGAUCCCUACUUGGAGGUUCCCGAAGCGGCGACGUACGAACUGUCUUCCUGUUAUAAUGUAUCUAUAGACUGUCGCGCAGGCGAUAUGGUUGCACGUAUACAAACAUCAAAACUAUUCGAUGGCAAAAUCUAUGCCAAAGGCAGUCCCAACUCUUGCGUCGUAGAUGUAAACCAAAGUUUGGAAUUUGAAUUGCACAUGGCCUACAACAACAUCGAGUGUAAUGUUAAACAAAACGGACUUGGAAGAUAUCUUAAUGACGUAGUCAUUCAGCAUCACGACACGAUCGUCACUUCUUCUGAUCUUGGCCUUGCCGUGACAUGCCAGUAUGACUUGACGAACAAAACUGUGGCAAAUGAAGUGGAUCUCGGAAUUCACGGUGAUAUUCAAACAGGCCUAUCAGAAGAAGUUAUUGUUGACUCUCCUAACGUGGCUAUGAGGAUUACUGAUAGAAACGGUGACGAUACCAUUGCGUCUGCUGAAGUGGGAGAUCCCUUGGCUCUUCGAUUUGAGAUCAUGGACCCGAAUUCACCUUUCGAAAUAUUUGUUCGCGAAUUGGUUGCAAUGGAUGGUGUCGACUCGAGUGAAAUUACACUGAUCGAUAGCGAUGGUUGUCCCACUGAUCAUUUUAUCAUGGGACCUUUGUUCAAGUCAGCUUCAAGCGGAAAGAUUCUUCUAUCAAACUUCGACGCUUUCAAGUUCCCGUCUUCAGAAGUUGUCCAAUUCCGUGCAUUGGUGACACCGUGCAUGCCCACGUGUGAACCGGUCCAGUGCGAUGGUGGGCCCAAUGAACUAAGAUCAGUGAUGUCAUAUGGCCGCAGGAAGAGGCGUUCGUCAUCGACUUCGCCUACUGAAGACAUGCUGCUAGUGCAAACUAUUCAAAUUACUGACAAAUUUGGAUUCGAUAAACAACGUGCCAAGAACGUUACCGAAGAUUCUGUUUUCAUUAGGGAAACUGAUGCUACAUGCGUUAACGCAGCGGGAGCCAUGUUAGCUGCAGCUGCAUUCAUAGCAGCACAACUAGUCGUACUAGCCGUAUGGACAUGUAGCUGGCAACGUCGACGAGCGGCCGAAAAAGCCGCAGAACUAUUGCCAGGACCUAAUGCUCCUUCGCCACUUUGCAAAGUUUAUGACGCUGGUUUCUCACGAGCGCAUCAAAGGCACUUCUGAUUAGAUUUAAGUAUCGAUGAAUAAGCAUUUGCAAUAGUAGCAUAGCUUAGUUUAAAUACCCCCGUCGAGUCUUUAACAGGAAAGUCCAGUCUUUCUUUAUGUUUAAGGACAUCGAUAGCGGUUAUUUAGAGUGCAACUCCGCGCCUGUCAGUACAGAUUUAAACGGAUUUGCAUUAAGCAGAGACGGGGACGAUCAAAGAAGCGUGUGUGAUUCGGGAUGAAUGAAAGAGAUGAAUGAAUUCUUGAAUUUGUAAUGUGUGGUGGAAUGAAUGAAAUGAAACGCGUGCUUGUCGCCUUCUCUGCAGUCAUCAACGGGACAAUCGUUGUCGUUAUCGAGAUUAUGUCGUAAUUCUUAAUAAUAUACAUACGGACUACGUGUUUGUACUUCUUGGGUAUUGUACCAUAUUUUUGAGUAGCGUAGCAGUAACGAUAUGUAAAAUUAAAUAGUUUGAAAUAAAACAUUUUUACAUUAAAUCAUACGACAAAGUCAUGAGACUUGUUGACGACUGUUCCGAAAUCAUAAUUUAUUAAUUAGGAUAGUUUCUUUUUUACUUUAUUUAUGGUCGUUUUCGAAUUAUACCUAUAGUAUAAACCAUUAAUGUAAAACAAGCUGUUUCUUUUAAGAAAAGUGUGUGCUAUUUAAUUUAUGUAAGCAUGAAAACUUUUAUUGAACCUAGUGCCUUAGUAAGAAUUUGCUAUAGUUUUGAAAUAGUUAAGUAACAAAUUCUGCCGUCCAAAUUGUAAAAUUGCAUACAGUGAAAUAAAAUGUCAACAUACAA